UCUGGGUGGUUAAUUAUCAUGUGUUAAUAUCAAAAACCUAUAUAUAGGCCUAGAUUAUAUACAUUGUUUUAUUCAUAAUAGUUUUAGUACUUCUUAAAUCAGGGGUUGUCAAACUGGGGUUAAGGGACCCCCGGGAGUCUGUGGAAAAGUUUGGAGAUCGUCAGUGUGAAUAAAUAAAUAAAUAAUAAUUAAAAACUCAUAUUAAACUAAAUAAACAAAUGAAAUAUUUAUUAAAAUAAAUAAUUUGAUUAAAAUAGGCUACUUUAAAAAGUUAUGCAAAUAAAUAGAUUAUACAUCUAAUACUGCUGCAGCACUAUGAGUAGGGAAAAAUGUAAUAUAAAACAAUAUUUAAUACACAGAUUAUAAUAUUUUACACCGAUUAUAAUCUUCAUUUUUUAUGCAUAAAAAUAUAUAGCUCUUUUAAGCUUUAGGAUGGGGGUCCCUUGAAAGAGGAUGAUUAUAUUUGGGGGUCUGUGGCAUGUAAAAGCUGUCAUGCAGGUCCUAAAAUGUGUGUAGUGGGAUAAUGCACCACUCCUUAAGUAGUAAAGCCCCCAAGAAGUUAUUUUAAUAUAUAUUUGGAAACCCGCAUCACACUGUCUGGUCAUUUUGGUAGCGUUUAGCAUCCAUCACAUGUCACUAUGUCCUUAACAGUGAGAUUUCACUGAUAUUUCUUUGGCUAGUUUGUAAAUGGCAGCAUUAUUGCUUUAAAUCUGUUUCCCAUGACACUUUUUCGUGAGUAAUGUAAUUUGACCUCUGCUAAUGGCUAAUUAACCUGUGAUUCAUUUUUGUUGAGCAAUUUUAGUUGUAAUUUAGGAACUUAAACAUUGUGAGCUCCUUUUUAUGUGGUGUUUCUGUGAUUUAUCAACUCCCUUUGAACAUGCUCUAAACUUAACUCCUGUCUGCUCACUAUUAGCUAACGUUUCAUGACCUCUAUCCUGCCAGUAGAGGUUUCUUCUGGAUUAUGGCACAGAUAUAGGAAGUAAACUAUAUCUGAGCAAAAUGAGUGAUAUCACCCACUUUAAAGAGCGUACACUGCUAAGCCAAGGGUAACACAAAGCUUUUUGUCACAGUGAACCGGUGCUCACAUUGGCACAUUUGUCCUGUGAAGGAACCAUUUACUGGUUGAGAAGCGGCCAAAUAAGCCUCUCCCCGUCCUCUCGCGGCAUACCAAUCCUGCUGUGCUUUUUAACCCACUUUUCUCUAUGCUGCAGUCCACAGAGGUCACCUCUCCACAAGUGAGCUGGCGUGAUUUAUGCUGCAGUGCGCGAGGGGGCCGUUGGACUGCCUGGCUACCGCAGAGCCAGUUCUGACGCCAACAUCAAAGCGUUGCUGCUCAGCGGAUUCAUAGUCCCCCAGACCGAAAACCCUGCUAGCUCAGAGUUUCUGUGUGUGCCGGAGGGAGGAGAGAAAGCACUAGAAGUGAGGGAGGAAUACAGGGAAAGGGAGGAGAAUGAGACAGCCGAGGACUAUAGAGAGGGAUAAGAUAUGGAGACCAAUAUCUGCAACACUGUAUUUCCCAGUCGGACCAGGGACGGGUUUUCUAUACUUGGUUAAUUUGUAUUUCCUCUACCAGUACUCCACAAGGCUUGAAACAGGAGCUUUUGAUGGAAGACCAGCAGACUACAUGUUUAUGCUUCUGUUCAACUGGAUUUGCAUUGUUAUAACAGGCCUAAUGAUGGACAUGCAGCUCCUGAUGAUCCCUUUGAUCAUGUCUGUUCUGUACGUCUGGGCUCAACUAAAUCGUGACACGAUUGUAUCUUUCUGGUUCGGCACCAGAUUCAAGGCUUGUUAUCUCCCUUGGGUCAUUCUGGGAUUCAACUAUAUCAUCGGUGGCUCCAUUGUCAACGAGCUGAUUGGGAACUUAGUUGGUCACCUUUACUUCUUUCUGAUGUUCAAAUACCCCAUGGACCUGGGUGGCCGGUCCUUCCUCUCCACCCCACAGUUCCUGUACCAGAUGUUACCAAAUCGUCGAGGUGGGGUUUCUGGAUUCGGCGUUCCUCCAAGCAGGAGACCUGUGCCCCAAGAGCAGGCAGGAGGCGGAGGAGGUGGAGGAGGUGGGCGCCAUAACUGGGGUCAAGGCUUUCGGCUGGGGGACGACUGAAGUCUUGACUCUUGCAUCAAUGGAUAAAUACAUAAACUUCUAACAUCAAUGCUGCAGAAUAGGAAUUUUAUAUGUUUUGGGUUUAUGUUUGUUGCAUUUCUUCUGACCCAAAAGGAAAAGUGACGGGGCUCUUUCUCAGCGUUACAUAUUUUCCUCUUACUCUCAAUGUCAUAUCACACUGUUAUUGAGUUUCACAGUGUGUACAGAAACUCUGCAAAAAUAUGUGCAGUAGCAGAGUUGGUGUAAUUGUAGGGAAUUCAGGGGACUUUGAUUGUGUUUCCCAUAAUAUGACUGCAUCUUUCAGCGUAUUCAUGUUAUUUGCUCAGUCAAAUGUAGCUGAUUAAUUUCUCUAUGAACUGUUCAGUAUAGAUUGUUUGUUAGCAUGGUUGUUUAGGAAUGGAUUUCAAAACAAAUUUUUUUAAUCACCUCAUUUGUCUAAAUUAAUAAGUUUAAAUUUAUUGCAACUUUCCUUAAGGAUUACUUAUGCUUUACAUUUGCAAAUUAAUUGAAUUACCAAUCAGAACAUGCAGAUGAAAAUGCUGUGCAUAUUUCAGUCUGUUUUAUACAUGUAUGCAUAUUUCCAUCUGUUUUAUGUUUAGAUGCCAGCCUUGAGUAAAGUUUAUCAAACCAUUUCCAGUAAAACUGCCAUGCACUUUUCACACAUUACUGAUGAUUGAACUAAGUUAAGAUUUAUCUUAUAAUACGUACACAUGCUAUCUGAUAGCAAACAGAAACCCAAGUUUUAUAAUUAUUUGUACGCUGAAAGUUAUAUUUAUCGCUUUCAGAGCUAUCAUAAUUGAUUUUAGUAUGCACUAAAUGACAUUUUGAUAUGUCCCUCAACACACUGUUUGGAUAAAGGUGCUUUACAAAAUCCAGAUACCUUUAUGUGUAUAAUGGUGGUACAGUCAUAUCAAACUUAUACGAAAGUGACCUCUUGCCAAAAUCUUUGUUACUAAUGUUCCAAACUACAAUCUUUACUAAAAUGUUCAGUUUACAUUUCUAGUGCUUUAUUAUUGCCAUUUCAUUGAGUGCUUGUUCAAUUACCGAUACUACAAAUAAACUGUAAACAGCAACUGUGCUCACUAAUUUGAGUACAUUGAUUUCACAGUGUCUUGAGGGACACACUCAGGAUACAGGCGCCUUAAAGUUGCAUUUAAAUUUUGCAGCACCCUGAAAAGAAACUUACUGUAAGAAAAUUGAGUUCUGUUUUUUGAAUUUUUACUUUGGCAAUGCUGCUGAUGUGUAAACAAUGAGACUCGAAACAGGCUUUCAAUCAGUUGUGUUUUAUUGAAUUACAGCAGACUGGUUCUUAUAAAGAGCAAGCAGGAUUCUUGGUAGCAGUACAGUAUUCCUGAUACAUGUCUGAACAUGACACUAAAGCAGCUGCGGGAAAAAGAAAUACAUUUAAGCGAGCUGAAAGCAGUUCACAGCUGAGUAGUGGGAAAAUGGAUCUACGUGUUGGAUACCAGGAAAAGCCAACAUGAUACGGAUAAAUUUGCAGUUACUGCAAUAUUGCCAGAAAUUAGCCUAUAACUACAAAUAAACAUGUGCUGUGCA